CAAAGCAGAGCGGCCUCCGGAUGUAAAUAGUGCCAGCUACAGCUAACAUAUAGCUAGCUAGCUACUUGUCGAGACAAGAUGGCAUUUACCUUAUACUCUCUUAUACAAGCAGCUAUUCUGUGCAUCAAUGCUGUCGCUGUACUACACGAAGAAAGAUUUCUAAGUAAAAUUGGCUGGGGAGUGGAUCAAAGUGUCGGGGGAUUUGGUGAUGAACCAGGCAUCAAAGUCCAGCUAAUGAACCUUAUCCGCUCCGUCAGGACAGUCAUGAGAGUGCCACUGAUCGCAGUGAAUUCAGUCUGCAUUGUGCUGCUGCUUCUAUUUGGAUGAAGAAGUUUAAAAGCGGGGACGGGACAGACGAGUCAGGACAUCUCCGUCACCUCAGGAACCACUGAAGAAGACACAAUGUCCCCUUCAGCCCGGAUAUGAAUGUUCUCUUUGUAUAUUUCUAUAGAUGAGUUGUUGGAGGGUCUUGUUUUGCUUUGUUUUUUGUUAAGCUCUCUUUGCAGCUAAUAAGAGUGACAUCUCCCCUUCGUUUUGGAAAAAAUAAAUAGAUAACGAAUUGCUGAAUAGUUCGCACUUUUCAGACAGUUGAUAAGCAAAAAUAAAUAUUUUUACACUGUACUAGAAAAUUGGUGAGAGGAACCGACUCUGAAACAGCUGUAAUUUGUACUCUGAAAAAUAUGUAAAAUAAUUGUGGAAUACGUGAUCGUGCAUCGACAGUAAAGAUUUUUUUAAAUCGUCA